CAACCCCACCCCCAGACCCAACCUCCUCCCCCACCACAGGGCCUCCAACCCCCCCCCCCCCCCCCUCAGACAGCCCCCAAGCCAUGUCUGCUCUCUGGCCUCUCAAGGUUCUCUGCGGCCUGUUCCUUCCUCUGUCCAUCAGUGAGCAUGUCAGUCUCCACUGUGUCCCUCGGAAGACCGUCCCCUACCAGGAAGGUCUGAAGGUUUUCAGGGAGGAGGGGAUCUGGAACUACUCCACCAUGCUGAUGAGGGAGGAUCUGGGCGUGCUCAUGCUCGGGGCGCGCGAGGCAGUCUACGCCCUCGACAUGAACGACGUCUCCACCAAGAACGCCGGGGUGUACUGGGGAGUCACGCCAGACAAACAGAGGGAGUGCACGUACAAGGGCAAAGACGCGGAAGUGGAAUGUCGUAACUACAUACGGACUCUCCAUACUGUGGCUGGCGACCGAAUGUAUGUGUGUGGCACGAAUGCCUUCAGUCCCAUCUGUGACUAUAUGACCUACAGCGACGGGGUGCUGACUCUGGAGGGGCUGCAGGAGGAGGGGAAAGGGAAAUGUCCCUUUGAUCCCUUCCAGAGGUACUCCUCCAUCAUGAUUGGUGAAGACUUGUACUCUGCCACCUCCAUCAACUUCCUGGGCUCUGAGCCAGUGGUGCUCCGCAGCACUAAGACGACACUCCGCACCGAGUUUAAGAGCUCCUGGCUCAACGAGCCGAACUUUGUCUACAUGGACUUUGUCCCCGAGAGUCAGAGCAGCGACACCGGCGACGACGACAAGGUCUACAUGUUCUUCAGCGAGAACGCCAUGGAGUACGACUUCUACAACAAGCUGCUGGUGUCUCGCGUGGCCCGCGUCUGCAAGGGGGACAUGGGAGGCCAGCGGACGCUGCAGAGGAAGUGGACGUCGUUCCUGAAGGCUCGUCUGGACUGCUCCGUGCCUGGGCCCAGCCUGCCCUCCAUUGUCCAGGACGUCUUCCUGCUGAAGAACGACGACUGGAGGAAAAGCGUGUUCUACGCCGUGUUCACGCCUCAGUCGCCCACCUCAGACGUCUCGGCAGUGUGCGCGUACAGCACCUCUGACAUCAGCCACGUGUUCGACGAGGGCAAGUUCAAGACGCCCGUGACUGUGGAGACGGCCCACGUGAAGUGGGUGAUGUUCAGUGGAGAGUUGCCCGUCCCCAGACCUGGAGCUUGCAUCAACAACGCGGCCAGGGAGCAGGGGAUGAUGCGCUCGCUGGACCUGCCUGACAAGACCCUGCAGUUCAUCCGGGACCGACCGCUCAUGGACGAGGCGGUGAGCCCGCUGAUGGGGCGCCCCCUACUGGUCAGGAAGGGAGCCAUGUUCACGCGCAUCGCGGUGGACACGGUACGAGCGCUGGAUGGAGAGACGUAUCCCGUCAUGUUCAUCGGCACGGAGAACGGCUUUGUGGAGAAGGCGGUGAACUACGCCGGGGAGAUGUUCAUCAUCGAGGAGAUCCGGCUGUACAAGACUCCAGAACCAAUCAGGACUCUGCGUCUCUCCUCCAGCAAGGGCCAGUUGUAUGCAGGUUCGGGGUACGGUGUUGUGCAGCUACCUCUGAGCGACUGUGGGCGCUACCGGUCGUGUGUGGACUGUAUCCUGGCCAGAGAUCCCUACUGUGCCUGGGACCUCCCCUCUGAUCGCUGCUCACCAGUCCCCAGACCGCAGCCUCCCUCGGGCGGUGAUAUGAUUCAAAGUCUACAACAUGGUGAUAUCUCACAGUGCCCAAGUCCAGAUGAGGUCACCGUGGAGACGUAUACCCUGGUGUCCGGCCACCACGUCAAGCUGCAGUGCCGGCCAGACUCCAACCUGGCCCAGGUCAGCUGGCAUUUCUCCGGCCAGGUCCUUCACUCCGAUGACAAGCGCUACAUCUACGACGGGGGCCUCCUCAUCCUCAACGCCUCCUCCCCGGACGCCGGACGCUACACGUGCGACUCUGUAGAGCAGGUGGCCGGCCGACCGUACACUAAGACCAUGGCCGUGUACGAGGUGCAGCCCAGAGCGCAGCCAGGCUGGGAGGAAGAGGAGGAGCAGGGGGAAACGACGGAGACUCCACACAGCGCCUUCACCCCAUCCCCAGAACGCCCGGUCCCCACACAGCCCAUAGAGACACCUUUGACCCCUCAGUCUUACAGGGAGGCAGAGCGUCUGGUGGGUCUGAAGGUGGCUGUGGUUCUGCUCUCUCUGUUUCUGGGCGCCACGGUGGCGUGGAACCUGAAAGGACGUUGUCGCCGCUUCCUCCCACAAAAAGCAGGCGCCGGCCAGGGAAAAGCCCCGUCUUCAGACUACGUGGAUUCUACCAGGACUACUGAGCAGAAGCUGCUGCCACCGUCAUCCAUCACCACCAACACCACCACCAACAUCACCACUAAUUCUAAAAACAAUAACCGCGCGCACGUUGACAUUCAAAGGAACGGGGAGCUCCUCUUCUCGGGCAGGCACGUUUCAAGUGCGGACGGUUUGGGAUUCAUCAAUGACGAGUCUGAGAUCUGACUGGACGUUACUAGGGUUACAUGACUUGGAGCGCUCUCUCAACAGGCAGCUUAUUCACGUAGAAACACUAAGGCCAUGUAAGAACCUGUAUUCUGAGAAUUCAUCAUUGAUAUGUAUAUUGUGUAUGAUUAUUUUUUAGAGCAUUUUGACAACGUCUUGAUUUGAUGUGUUUUGCCUAUGGCUAAUAUUAUUUAUUUGACAAGAUUUGUAAUUUUUCUAUUGUCGAUAGUUACACGUGUUUAUCUGGCCAAUCGUGUUUGAGGAUAAACCGAGACAUUUCAAUCCAAUGAGAGGACUGUUGACAUUGAUGACUAGUUGUCGUGGGCCCAGGGCAGGCCAUGGCAGAGGGAUGUCAUUUGAACCACGAUCUGACUGUACAUUUCUUUACAACUCGUUUGUUGUCGAGGGGAAAUUAAAGGAGCGUGUUCUCGUU